UCAAGGCGAAAGGUAUAACUGUGAUCUUCUUCACCGAGCUCCAAAAUCCCGUAUGACCAAAGAGUCAUCGCAAGAACUCAACUUUCAAGCAUACAUUCUCUCGACUCUAUAUAUAUAUCUGCGUUUGUGAGCCUGAGAUAUUAAGGAAUUGAAAAAAUCAACCAUAAGGAAAGGAAGAGAAGAGGUGUAUUAAGACUAUUGCAAUGUCAUCGUGGCUAAGAUCUGCGGUCAACAAGGCUGUGGAGGUUGGUAACAAGAACAACCUCACUCGAGUUGUUCGCAACUAUGCCGACACCGUUGUCCAACAAGCCGGUCAAGCUGUUGCCGAAGGUGCCAAAAUCCUUCAGGAUCGCAUGGGAGGCAGCAACUAUAAAAGCUAUAGGCAGACUAUUAAAAGAUUGGAAGAAGCCUCUGUUUCUUGUAGAGGGCCAGAAAGAAGUCAGUUGAUAAGAAGAUGGCUGACUGUACUUAAGGAAAUUGAGAAAUUAUGUGGGGUUUCUGUUGAAGACAAAGGAAGCAGUUCUGAGCAAUUUCAACCUAAUCAAGAACCAAAAGACAGUACCAGAAAACUUCAUCUUGUUCUUUAUUUUGACCCUGACCUGGAUGGUGAGCCAAUGAAUUUUCUGGACGUGUUUCUCUAUAGUCAAGCUUUGGAGGGCAUCAUUAUAUCUAUGAUACUUGAACCACCAAAUGAAGAAGAAGUUUCUCUGCUACUGGAUUUAUUCGGGCUUUGUCUUACUGGAGGCAAAGAAGUUCAUAAUGCUAUAGUGAGCAGCAUACAAGAUCUUGGAAAAGUUCUGUCAAGCUACGAAGAUGAAGUAUUGGUGAAACGAGAGGAGCUGCUCCAGUUUGCUCAAACUGCCAUCACAGGGUUGAAGAUUAAUGCAGAUGUUGGGAGAGUAGAUUCUGAAGCGUAUAAGCUAAAGAAGAAACUUGAGGAUAUGAAAGCAUCUAGAGACCUAGCGGUUGAAGUUGGGGAAGAAACCUCUAAGGAGAGAACUUUUGUGACAAUAGAGGCAUUAAAAGAAGCUCUUGCACAUGUUCGAACUUGUUCUCGAUUAGAAGGGCUUCUCCUUAAGAAGAAAUCCUUUAAUAGUGGAGACUCCCCGGAAGUUCAUGCACAAAAGGUUGACAAAUUGAAGGUCUUAUCUGAAUCUCUUGCCAGUUCCACCACAAAAGCUGAGAAGCGGAUAUCAGAUCACAGAUCCCAGAAAGAGGAGGCCUUAAAGUUCCGUGUGUCCAAAACAACCGAAGCCACUGAAAUAGAGAAGGAAUUGGGAACUGAAAUUUCAGCACUUGAAAAACAACGAGAUGAACUUGAAGCUGAGUUAAAAAAGGUAAAUAUUUCCUUGGGUGCUGUUCAGGCACGCCUUCGCAAUACGAUGGAAGAGAGGGACCAGUUUUAUGAUGCCAAUGACAAGAUCGUAGCACACUUAAAAACAAAGGAAGAUGAAUUAUUGAGGUCGAUUGCUACAUGCCGAACUGAAGCAGGUGUUCUGGAUACUUGGUUGAAUUUUUUGGAAGAUACCUGGGUUCUUCAACACUCUGAUACAGAUAUUAAAGAAAAGCAAGCCAGUGAGGAAUUGGAGAAACACGAGAGCUAUUUUGUGGGCCUAGUCAUCAAUCUCCUCUCAGCUUAUGAGAAAGAGCUGAAGCCUUUCAUUGAUCGGAUUGGUAAAUUUGUUGAUAACUUGAAGAACUUGGGUGAAGGGUCUGGCAUGAUGUCUAGGGUGGAUACUGAGGGCUCUAAAGAACUCAAUCCAAGACAAACUUUGGAAGAAGAAUAUCUGGACCUUGAAGCAAAGAUUAUAACUGCCUUUAGUGUUGUGGAUAACAUGAAGGAACAAUUCUAUUCUCAGCAAGGGAAAUUAAGGAAAGAUGAGCCAAGGGUGAAAGAGCUAUUUGACAAGCUUGAAAAAAUGAGGGAAGAAUUCGAAAAGAUUGAAAGGCCAAACUUAGAACUAGAGAACCCUACUAUCCCUGAGCCUGAGGUAGUAAGCCCUCGUGAGAAGUCACCACAAAACAUCUUCCUGCAGCCUCCAUCACCAGUUGCUUCCGUGUCUCCCAAAGUCCUCGCAAAUGUGGAGAAUCCCAAAACAGAGCAGGUUCUGGACACGGAAGAUGAAUUGGCGAAAUUUGAGUCUGAAUUUGGUGCUGUAAGUCGAGAUUACACAGAGGAGGAAGUUGGCGACUGGGAAUUUGAUGAGCUUGAGAAGGAACUGACAGCUGGUGACUCAGCUCCAAGCAAAUAGGAUCGAUUGAUUGAACACAAAAGUUUAAUUAAAGUUGAUUAUGCUUUUUACAAAAAACGGUAUGCAUAAAAUUGGCUGGUUACUUUCUUUGCCAAGUAAAGUUUGGAUUGGAAUGGAUUGGGAUUGGAUGAUGUUCAAUUUACUCACAUGUAAAUUAUGAGUUGUAAAAGAUUGUAACAGUUAAUGUUCAAAGCUUUGGAUAGAUUCAUGAAUUAAUUGUAAAUGUUUAGGACCUACAGAUA